UGCACUUCAUCUCCACCAAUUUCCCUGACCUUUAUCCCCUUCCCCAUUGGUCUUCGAUCUUUUGGCAGAGCAAUGCUGUCUCAACGGAUCCUAGCCCGGCGUCUGCCCCAGGUGGCUGCCCGCCACGCCAUUGCCCCCCGCGCAUCGUUCUCCCAGGUUGCAGCCCUCCGAGCUGCCGAAGCUGAAGACCCUCUACAGAAUGGUGGCUACCAAAACCCUCCCCGCGUGAAGCGUUCUUUCAGAGACCCCUACGGUGGCUGGUGGGAUGCGCAAGAGAAGCGAAACUUUGGCGAGCCCGUCCACGAGGAGAACGAAAUUCUCGGUGUCUUCAGUCCCGAGCAAUACACCCACGUCUCUGCCGGCAAGGGUUUCUUCCACCUCGGAUGCUUCGUUGCGGCCUUCCUUAGCGUGUGCGGCGUUGUCAGCCUCUACUACCCCGACAAGCCCAGCGUCCCCAAGGCUUACGUUGAUGGUCUGGAGAAGGAGCUGGGUGGACCGAAUGCGUCGCCGGCUCGCAAGGCUGGCGAGGACAAGUGGUAAACUUGCCUCUGCUCUCUUUUCUAUUUCCCUUUUGUUGUGUGUGUAAAUACCAAGACGAUUUUGUUUCUCUCGAUUUGGCGUCACUUGAGUGUCUGAUGGUCGAUUCGCCGAAAAACGGAUUUCCGGCUCCUUGACGCAUGUUGGAUCAAGACCAGAACUAGAUGUUCGAUUACUGUGCUCCAACAGAUUUUUCUUUUCAACUUG